GUUGAUAUAAUAAUUUUUAGGACAUUUUCACUUCAAGCAAAGUCAGUCGCCUGCAUCGUCUGCUGGGGAAAGGGCGCGAAGUAUUUUGUCUCUUGCUUAUAGUCUUUCUCCGUAGAUGCUAACCAUAUUAGAUGUUGAACGGAAGGUGGAGGAGAGCCGCGGCUCAGUGGGCGGGCCCCCGUGAAGAGGUGCCGCGCCAUGGCCCCGAGGAGAGCCCCGUCAUAGCCUUCGAUCAUGUCGGUUGCCUAACGUGAGGCUCGAGAAGGAUGCCUGCUGACGCCGAGACCCCCGUGAUGGGGGUUCGGGGGGCACAGGGAGGCGUGGAUGGACAGUUCCCCGCGAAGACAUCCUCCAGGGGGUCUCUGUCCAGCGUGGUCACUGCCACGCCCUCCUACUCCUCCUCCAGCUCCUCUGUAUCAUCAGAGGUCACGGGGCAGAUGAGGUCGAGCGACUCCCUGUCCUCGGUGGGAUCACCCUCUCCUGCCCCUUGCGAGCACACCGAGGCCCCCCCACAGCGUCCGGCAGCCAGUCCUGCGCCGCCCCUCCCACACCUGCCCCUCAGCACUGCCACAACGCUCGCUGAGGGUCAUGAGAGUCCGGAGGCGACGCCAAUAAUGAAUGUUUCCCGGUGCGUGGAGCCGGCACCGCCACCCGCUGCCACCCCAUCCCCGGCUUCCUCUCACGUGUCUUCCCUCGCCGGACAGUCUUCCUCGUCGUCAUCGUCAUCGUCGUCAAGCUCUUCUAUUUCUUCUUCCUCGUCUUGUUCUUUCUCCUCUUCCUCUUCUUCUUUCGCUUCUUCACCAGUAUCGUCGUCGUCGUCACCACCACCGCCUCUCGAUGUCCCGACUCAGGUGGCAUCAAUAUGCACGUCCCAGCCGUCUCCCGCGCUAACUCCCUCCAUCUCCUUGGCGCCCGCGUCCUUGCCGCAGCUCCUGCCCCGCGGCUAUUCGCCCACUGCGGCCAGGCUGGUGAGGAGCUCCCCGCCGCCCACCAUCAGCCUCACGCCCUCACCGGUGCCGAGAAGGUUCUCCACCGACGUCUCCAGUUCUGAACAGCUGGCUGGCCCCUCCACGCGGCCCCGGGCCCCGAGUCUCGCUCUGACACACCUCACCGCCAGCGACACCGUCCCGCCCUGCCUUCACUCACCUCCCCCGUCGUACGAUCAGUUAUGCAACCCCAACGCGCUGCCGACGUAUCAGGAGGCCACCCAGAGCUCCAGUGACAAGCAGCGUCGCGGUGAACAGAGGACAGUGUUUACGCUGCCGUCCAACAGCGAAGCCACCACCAACGAUCCGCUGGUGCAGGACGGGGAGCGAGGGCUUGGGGCAGGCCUGCGGGGAGGCAUGCUGGCCUCCCUUGCAGCCGAGCUGAGUGACUCUGAAGGCGGUUACUCCACGAUUCUGGACGCCAUCCCUCACGAACACACCCGUGACCCCUGUGCCACCGUCCCCAUCAGGUUUCUACAGACCUGUUCAUUGCGUCGUCUGCGGCCGGCCAAACUUCAGCCGCUUUGCCUCACCUCAGUUUGCAACAAAGCCCUCGUGAGGAAGGAGCUGAACCGAAGGUGGCCUUUCAUCGCUGCGGCGCGGGAGGACGAUCAAUGCCCAGGGCUGCUGCUGGUGGAGUGCUCCUCGCACCUUACCGUCGCCCACUUGCCGGAGCCCGUGCGGCCAGGAGAGAGCGGAAGCGGCAUGUUAAAUGCUGGAGGUCCAGCGGCUGGGAGCCGCGGGGACUUACGAAGUCUCGUCGGGGAUAAUUUCACCGAUUUGCCCUUGGGCUCCCCCACGCUCCCCACUUCUAGCAACGCCGCCGCCGCUGCCGCUGCCAUUGACUUGGAGUCUGGCGCCCUCACGUCGCAGGUGCUCUUCUACCUGUGUGGCAAGUGCGUAGGCUAUGACUCAUUCGACAUAGACAACGUGAGAUCACACAUCGAGUAUGACUGUGCUGGUCCUCAGCACCAAUGGGGCAGCAACGCCGAGCUGUACCUGGUGCUGCGUGCGGUGCUUUUCGUCGUGGUGAUCAUCGUUGUGUUCGUGUGGCUCCCUUACCUCCAGCUGUGAGUAACUCUCCCAGACUCUCUUCCUUACCCCACAUUCCCACCAGUCUGCUUCACUCCCUCUUUCUCCUAACACUCCCUUCUUCCUGUGUUCCCCAAACCCGGCGAACGUCUGUCCGACGGUCAUCCAAUCUUCGUAUGGGAACUGUUCUUAGUGUUUAAGACUCUCGGAACGCACAGUGUUACGCUUAUACUAUAGGGCCGUGUGUGGCGGCGACCUGCUGCAGGACCGUCUUUCCCAAGCACACACACACACACACACACACACACACACACACACACACACACACACACACACACACACACACACACACACACACACACACACACACACACACACACACACACACACACACACACACACACACACCACAUCAUAUCACAUCACAAUGCACACACACACACACACACACACACACACACACACACACACACACACACACACACACACACACACACACACACACACACACACACACACACACACACACACACACACACACACACACACACUCACAGAUCGUGAUAGGUGCCAAGAUGAGACAAACAUUUUUGACUAAGUAAUAUGCUGAGUAAAGUGCCAACUUGUACAGUUAACGUGUUUGUGUGUGUGUGUGUGUGUGUGUGUGUAUGUGUGUGUGUGUGUCCAAUGAAUGAAUCAUUUCCUUUUCGUGCUCACCUGGAGAGAGAGAGAGAGAGAGAGAGAGAGAGAGAGAGAGAGAGAGAGAGAGAGAGAGAGAGAGGUGGCCUCCCAGAGAAAAACUGUGAUCAGUGUUCAGUCAUAAGUUAACUCAUAAGCUGUGGAACUCAAGAUGUUUAGGCCCACUGCUGCUGCUGCUGCUGCUGAUGCUACUGUGUGUGUGUGUGUGUGUGUGUGUGUGUGUGUGUGUGUGUGUGUGUGUGUGUGUGUGUGUGUGUGUGUGUGUGUAGCCUCUGCUUUGACGAAGGAUCCGCCUGACGUCGUGCCAGUCUCCAAGGACUACUAAUAAACAAUAUUCAAUACAUAGAUUUAGGUAUUAAUGCAUGACAUACACACGAGGGAUUGGGCGGGGCGUGAGUCUGUCAGGUUUGGCGGGGCGUGGUGGUGUGUGGUGCAUGAUAUUCGUCGUGGUGUGGCGAUGGUGCGUCGUGGUGUGUGGCUGGCAGUGAUACUACUACUUAGACUCGUGUUCUGAAACGCUUUGGUGUACAAUUCCAUCUACUCCCGGCAGUCUGUACGUAUAGUGGAAGUGACUGCGAGUUUACAGGGAUAUUUUCAUGGUGGUAGUGAUAGUUUACCAAGGUUUCUGCAUCAUCUAUGAGAGAAACACGCAUGAGAACCUGAUUAAUCUUCUCUAGCCCUAGAAAAAUAGAGCUUCUGAGAGGACAAAGCGUUUCAGGACUCGGGCAUAUGUUACGCCUGGUGGUGCGGUGGUAGUGGUGGUGGCGAUAGUGAUAUUAAGUAGUUCACUGUAAUGACGGGUUGUAGGGAAAUAUAGUCAUGAAUAGUGAUGGAUUCAGUGCAUAAUAAUAUCAGUGAUUAUAGUGAUGAUGUAAUAUUAUGGUGGUGAUGGAGACGUGUGUGAAAUCUAGGUGGCGAUGAGUGGUGAUAGUGGCGGUGGUGGUGGGCGUGGUAGUAGUGGUGGAACAUUGUAGCGUGUGGUGGUAAAUGUUGCCAAAAUGCCUCCGCCUCACUGGUAGCACCAGCACCUCAUGAGGCGUGGUGAUGUAGUGGUGACGGCAGGAGGGCGCGGUACCCUCUUGUUUCCAAUGCUGAGAAUGACGCUCACCUUGUAAACAAAACAUCCGAAGCUCUAUUAUCAUUAUUAUUAUUAUUAUUAUUAUUAUUAUUAUUAUUAUUAUUAUUAUUAGAGUAGUAGUAGUAGUAGUAGUAGUAGUAGUAGUAGUAGUAUGGUAUUAUCAUCAUGUUCAGAGGAAGGACUUUUUUUUAGCAAGUGAUGGUGGGUCAGUUCAUGAAAGCGUUUUGAUCAUACUGCACUUAAGUUUUCUACUUGACUAUAAUAGUUUCUUUGAUGUACAGUACACACGGUGGUCCAUUUAUGAUGAUUCUUUAGCAACAGUAUCUCGAUGUUACUCUGUUAUGUUUCCCGUCGCCUAUAGUGUAUAUUCAGACAGGUGUACUUGUGUCCCAAACGCAUCGGUCUGCCUGGAUGACCUACCUGGCGUGUUUCGAGACGAGCAGCGUUGUGACGUGGCUGAAAUAUUUAUUUUUAUCUAUGUUGUGGUGUGUCUUUGUAAGUGUAAAGUCUUGUAAAUCUUGACUGUCAGUGCAAGAGGGCGAGACGCCUCUGUCUGCCCUGCCGUGUGUGACGUUUAUAGGGAGCUGUGACCGGCCUGUACCCUCCUCUGCCUCUCCCUCCACUCCCACCCACCUCCCCCCCGCCAUCCGUCCCUCUCCAUCUAUCCUGAGUCCGGACUCUGUAAACCUCAGAUUUGACGAGGCUGCCUAGGGAGGAGAUGGAGGUGGUGGAAAAGAGGGAGUGAACGUGGAGGAGACAGACGGGGAGGGGAAGGUAAUUGCGGCGUGGCAAUGAGACACAUAAACCCCUGUAUAUU